UUCAAAACGAAACUCAACAUGACAGAAGGCGUGAGAAAAGAGAUCGAUUUCAUUUCCGACAUCAACGAUCGGUACGCACUGAUGGAGUAUGAACUAGAUGAAAAACUGAAGUUGCUAACCCAUAACGAACAAAAUCUGCUCAACUCCGAGGCUAAGGAAGCUAAUAAAAUUCGGGAAAAGAUACGACCGAGCCUAUCGCUGGAGUCAGCCAGGCAACGUAACUUCGAGCUUCUCAAAUCUCUGGAGGUAUCCAAAGCACGCCUGCGAUCCCGAGCCACAUUCAGUCCUCUGGAAACAAUCCUUCAGAAAGCCAUAGGAAAUUAUUUGAAGGAAACCUCUCUGGUACCCUGCACCACCAGAAAAGCGUACGGCCCAACCUACGUGUAGCUUUGGUUUUGUGAAUUAUCAGUUAAUUAAAAAAGA